GCUUCACAAGAUGGAAAAACAAAGGGAGUUCAGAAAAAUAGGAAAAGCAAAUGCAAGAGAAAGAGGCUUAGGAGCAAUGAAUCUGGAGGAAACCUGCUAAGUGAGAUGCCUUUUGUAAAUGCAGAUAUCAGUGCCGUUUUUGAAAUCACAAGAACAGCAGAGAAGAAGGUGAAAAAGAAAAGAAAAAUACAUAAGUUAGAAAGUGAAGACGAUGAUAAAAGUAAACGGCAAAAGAGGGCUAAUUAUUUUGUAUCUCUGCCUAUUACAAAUUCUAAGAUUCAAGAUGACAUCCAGACUAUUCAAGAUUCAGUUUUACAGAAGGUUAAUAUACUUUCCAAUGCUAUGAUUCCAAAGGGUUCUUACCAUAUCACCCUGUUUGUGAUGCAUUUAGCCAGUGAAGAGGAUGUUACUUUAGCAGUAAAUGCGCUUUUGGAGAGUAAAAAGCCAGUUGAAGAAAUCCUAAGAGGAGUGAAUUUGAUUCUAACAUUUUUUGUGGUAUAUCUGAUUUUAAACGUGAAGUUGUGUUUGCCCAGACUACACCAGGACAUGCUGUAUCUACACUCAAGCAGAUAACUGAAACUAUGAGGAAGAUAUUUGAAGAAAAGGGCAUUUCUGUUAUUGGAAGUAGAGAUUUUGUACCUCAUUUGACUUUGAUGAAGCUGUCAAGAGCCCCAAAGCUGCGUACACAGGGAAUUAAAAAGAUUGAUACUGCUUUGUACAAGGAUUUCCAAAGUCAUUACUUCGGAGAGGAGUUUUUGCAACAACUGGAUCUGUGCUCAAUGUUAA